AUGUUAAUUCAACAUUUCUUUGUGUUAUCACCUGAUUUUAAUUAAAUAAUUUAUAUUUAAAAUAUCAAUUCAGUUUUGACACGAAGGUAAAAAUCGAAGGAUUUUGUGGCCAGAGACUUACAUUUAGCACAAAUAAUUGAUAACUUAAAGUACUUUAUACAUUAAAUCCAACAGAUUAACUUACUAUAAAAAUUAGAUGAUUCUGGAAAUUUUGAGGUCCAAUUAUAUUAUUUGA